GCAACUGGAAGUAGCUAGCUCUCACUUCCCUCCUCGGCUCCUCAUUUCCAACGGUUAACUCUCUUUCUGUCUCUCAAACACCAGUGAGCGAGCACAGCCCUCUCUCUCUCAUAAUGUCUCUGCUUUCCAUCUUUCUCAUCCUUUUCUCUGCUACAGCAUUUUCGUUUUCACACGGCGAUUCUCACUUUCCACCCCUCCAAGCGCCACCCACUUCAGGGUGGGAAAAUGAGGGAAGUUAUGGUGUGGAGCACUCAUCAUGGGGGCCCUCGAGGUCUCUUGUGGAGGGACCCUUCAGUGCACCUGUUGAGAACCCAUCAUUUGUGUUGGCCUCAGAGAGAACCCAAAGAAAAGACCCUCUUGAUGGGUUCAAAAAAUACACCAGAGGAUGGAAUAUCAGUGACCACCAUUAUUGGGCUUCGGUGGGUUUUACUGCAGUUCCCUUGUUUGUCAUCGCUGCAGUCUGGUUCCUGGCUUUUGGACUGUGCAUAUGUCUCAUCUCUAUCUGUUAUUUCUGUGUUAAAAGGGAGCCUUAUGGCUAUUCCGGGACGGCUUAUGCACUUUCUCUUAUCUUCCUCAUAAUCUUCACAAUUGCAGCCAUUGUUGGAUGUGUUGUUUUAUAUACUGGUCAAGGGAGGUUUCAUAGUAGUACAACAAAUACAUUGGAGUAUGUUGUGAAUCAGGCAGAUUUCACAGUUUUGAAGCUAAGGAAUAUAUCAGAUUAUCUUGGCGCAGCUAAGCAGCUUGGAGUGGAUGAAGUUUUUCUACCUUCUAAUGUUCAAACUGAUAUUGACCUGAUUGAAACAAAGAUUAAUUCUUCUGCUAGUACCCUUGCUGACCGAACAAUGGAGAAUUCAGAUGACAUACAUGAUCUUUUGGAUUCUGUGAGACUGGCACUUAUCAUAGUCGCCGCUAUUAUGCUUCUCUUGACAUUUCUUGGAUGUUUAUUUUCAGUCUUUGGCAUGCAAUCUCUCGUGUACAUCCUGGUGAUCGCUGGAUGGAUACUUGUUACAGGGACAUUUAUUCUUUGUGGCACAUUCCUUCUUCUUCAUAAUGUGGCUGCGGACACUUGUGUUGCAAUGGAUGAAUGGGUUCAAAACCCUACUUCUCAUUCUGCUUUAGAUGAUAUACUGCCAUGCGUGGACAAUGCAACUGCACAAGAAACGUUGUUGCGGAGCAAAGAAGUCACUUCAGAACUUGUCGAUUUGAUCAACCAGGUCAUCACCAAUGUCUCUAACUUAAAUUUCGCCCCCGGCUUCAAACAAAUGUAUAUCAAUCAGUCUGGUCCAUUGGUGCCCAUCCUCUGCAACCCAUAUGAUCCUGACUUCACGGAUCGACCUUGCACUUCUGGUGAAGUUAAUUUGAUCAAUGCAUCAGAGGUUUGGAGUAGCUAUGUCUGCCAGGUUUCAGCAGCUGGGAUAUGUUCCACAACAGGGCGUUUGACCCCUACAUUCUACAACCAGAUGAUAACUGGAGUAAACAUGGGCUUUGCCUUGUAUAAUUAUGCUCCUUUCCUGGUUGAUCUUCAAAACUGUGCAUUCGUGCGCGAAACGUUCGGUGAAAUAUACAGGGAUCAUUGUCCCGGCCUACGGCGAUACAGUAGAUGGAUCUAUCUAGGGCUAGUGAUGGUCUCUACCUCAGUUAUGCUCUCAUUGAUCUUCUGGGUUAUCUAUGGGAGGGAAAGGCGUCAUCGUGUUUAUACCAAAGAGAAAGAGGCCAAGUCUAAAUCAACUGAAGCUCUUGAAGGAAGCAAAGAUCAUUAAGAGAAGCUCUACAUUAUUUCCACUGCCCACACAUAGCGUGGACAAUUUCACUACAUUCAGUUUGGUUUCCAGGUUAUGUGUAGAUCCUUAAAUGGUGGUUGAAAUAACUGCUUUUUGU